AUGACAGGAUCAACCCUCUCUGAAAAGUGUAGAUUUCCACACACAAGUGGCCUUUGGUGUCUUCUAUGUCACAAAGCUGAAACAAACUUUGAAACUUUGAGAGCAGGAAACCCUUCAUAUUUUUUUAUUUAUAAAGAAGAUAAAAAGCAAAGUGGUGAAGAACAGGUUGAAAAUGAGUUUGCACUCAAUAAAGUAGCGGAGAAAAUUAAACUGAAUGAAAGUGGUGAAUAUGAGAUCAGAAAGAAGGCAUAUGGAGAAUGGGAAAUAAGUGAAGUUUUUGAGAAGUUACUGCAUAAGAGUGGAUCAUCAGUAGGUGACAUCAAUCAGUUUGACAUAGAAAAAUUUACACAACCAGAUCCAGAAAUUUCUGAUGAUAUAGUUAAUUCCUUUAUUGGUGAACUCAAGAGAAAAAAAAAGACCUUUAUUCACAUUAAUCGUAAUGAGAGCACCUGCAGAGAGUUUAUUUCUGCUUUUAUGACUGCAGCUGUUGAACAUGUCCAGUUAAAAGAAAGUAAACUUUGUCUCAAGAGUAAAGAGUGGCUUGAUGGAAGUCAUGGUUUUGGUCCUGUUGAAUAUUCUGAUUUUGAGAAAGGUGCUGUCCAGAACAUUGUGCAAAUGCAUAGUGCUGUGGAGAAAAAUUGA